CAUCUUCCCAAUGUUCAUUAAAAUUGAAUGGAGUUGGUAGCAUAUCUUCUGAUCGGUCUAUAAUCCUACGCUUUAUUUUCGCUAUUCAAGUGGUCAAUAAUUAUUCCCAGCUCCUGCAAAAUCUCACACUUGGCUACGACAUCCAUGACAACUAUAUGAACACUAUUGGCACUUCAGAUGCCUUGCUGGACAUGCUCUCCACUGGAGAAGCCAAUGUUCCCAACUACAGCUGUGGAAGGAAGGACCACCUUUUGGCUCUUGUUGAUGCAGCUGUCAGGGACAUCUCCAUCCAGAUGUCAACAUUAGCAGACACCUACAAAGUCCCACAGAUCACUUCUAACAUUGUUUCAGCGGCUCUGAGUGAUAAAAGUCAAUUCUCAUUUUUUUACCGGAUGCUCCCCAAAGAAGGGAUCCACUACCCAGGAAUUGUCCAACUGCUCCUCCAUUUCAGAUGGACCUUGAUUGGUCUCUUUGCUUCAGACACAGAGAAGGGAGAGAAUUCCAUGAGGACAUUGAGUCCUAUGCUGGUCAGGAAUGGAAUUUGUGCUGUUAUAUCAGAACAAAUUUCACCCGCUGGACAUACAGCACCCCUCAGGGUUGCCAUUUCCAAGUGGAGACAAGUCAAUGUCUUUGUUCACAUCGUAGAAUUUUUUGCUGUUUGGGACAGAAUUCAUCUUUUCCAUUCAACACUUAAAAGUUUGCCAGAACCCAUUGAAGAGAAAGUCUGGAUAAUUGCAGUCCUUGGGGAAAGGAAAAUAAAAAGACACAUAUUUCUGAAAUAUAUCCAUAGUGUUUGGAUCUACAUUUUUCAGUGGAAAAAAAGGCCAAAGGACAGUUCCUUUGAACCAGAUCUCUUUGUGCAACCACAGUUCGGAGAUCAAUCUUUUCUCUGUUCUUUUUCAGAAGACAUCAUUUCUGUCAAAGGCCGGAGAAGAUGCACUCAGAAAUCUCCACUGAAGACCAAAGUGGAAAGAAAUAAGAUCUGGAACCAAUAUAACUCCUAUAUUUACUCUUUGAUGAAUACUCUGGCCCAUGCCUUGAAUGCUGCGUAUUCCUCCAUAUCCAAGAGGAGAAGAAAAGAGGGAGAAGAGAGGCUGGGAACUCAAAGGCUGCAGCCAUGGCAGUUCCAUCCAUUUCUGAAGAAGAACAAGUUUUGCAAUCUUUCCCACCUGAAACUGUACUUGGACCAAAAUGGGGAUGUGACAGCAGAUUUGAACAUUGUAAGCUUUAUAGUUCAGUCCAGGGAGGAUCCCGUUAUAAAGCAAGUGGGGAGUUUUGAAAGACAGAGAUUUAUUAUCAAUCCAGAUGCUCUUUCACAGCUAAGGUUGCUCAAUAAGUCUUUGCCUCGGUCCAAAUGUGUGGAAAAUUGUCAUCCUGGAUUUUUCAAGCAAGCUCGAAAAGGAGAGCCAGUAUGCUGCUAUGACUGUAUUCCUUGUCCAGAAGGGACCAUCUCCACUCAGGAAGAAACAGGAAGGGAAUUGAUUCAGCCCCAUGAAUUAUGAACCUCCUACUUCUGCUUCUGAUGCUACUGCUGUCCCAGCCAAUCUCUGGAAAGCUUAGAAUGAAAUGUCCACUGACUCUGGAACACCAGAAUGGAGAAAAACCAUGGAGCUAUUACAGACCAGGAGGCCAUCUCAUUGCUGUUAUCACCAGUGGAACAAAAAUAUCUCCUAUAAUGUUCCCUUUCAAUGCAGCUCCUUCUAGUCAGUCUAAUUCGUAAGUCAUUCAGGAUAAUGGAGUUGCAGUCCCUCCAUUUAUAAUUCUAACACCUCAUUUUUUCCCUCCUUAUUCCACUUAUUCCAGUUAGAUAUGGCAGCACCUCUCCUGUCUAAUUUCCUGAAUCAUUUUGAUUUCCAUGCUUUCUUUGUCUUAUUUUGAGGAACAGAUUCAAAUCCAAAGAUGGAACAGAAAAAUAAUAUGAAACAAGUCCACAUUAUUUUCCUCUGCCUGUUCAAUCUUGAAUUCAUGAUUUGAAUACUGAUUUUUGUUUAAAUUAAUGAUUCUUGUAGUUUUCCCCUGCCCAGCUCAGUUCAAAUACAACUACUCAUUGAUAUUUACUUCCAGAUCCUUAUAGAAAUACAGGAUAACUUAUUUUUAGAAUUGGUUUCUGGGUCACUUUUGAAGCAUCUUCUUCCUUUCAUGGCAGUUCUACUGUAAUUAUUCAAUUAUU